GCCAGAUUAACGAAUUGGAUAUAACAAACACAACAAAUGCAACAGAAGCACAGUUUAAUUGGUUACCGCCUUGUCCACAAAAUGGAAUCAUCACCGGAUAUGAAGUGAAUGUCAUCAGCAUUGAUAAGGAUUAUAACAACAUUGUCAACUCCACUGUCAACACUACAAGUGCAUCUAUAACAAAGCUUGAUCCGUACAGCAAUUAUACAUUGAAAGUGAGAGCAUUUACAUCAGUUGGACCCGGGAAGUUCAAUGUUGGAAAACCAUUUAGGACGGAAGUUGGCAUGCCAAAACAGCCAAGAAGUGUUAAAACGGAAUCAGAUAAUUUUUCAACGCUUUUAGUUACUUGGAAAGCUCCUGAGCUGUAUACUGGUCCAACAAAAUAUACUGUUACAGCUACUGAUACAGAAUCACUUACAACAGAAACAUGUGAAACUGGAUACAAUUUCAAUGCUACAAACUGUCUGCUUGAUAACCUAGAUGCCUUCUGGAAUUAUACCAUACAAGUUACUGCAGAAACGACUGCUGGAGUGAAUGGAUCAGAUACUGUACCAGGAACAACCGCUGAAUCAACACCUGGUAAUGUCACAAACGUGCAAUUAAAACCUGAGGAGGAAGUGACAAAACCAAGAACGCUCACUGUAUCAUGGGAAGAACCAAAGAAACGAGAUUUAAAUGGCAUUCUCAGAGAAUAUCACAUAAGAUGUACUAAAAUUGAUGAUAAAAGUGUCGUGUACAGCAAUAGAACAGCCAGUAAUAUUCACUCUUGUGUCAUGACUGAUAUACAGCCAGGAAACUACGAUGUGCAGGUGUUUGCAGCUACAGUUAAAGGUUACGGGAGUCGGGUAACAAGGACGGCAAUUGUACUACCUGGUGCUCCGCUCAAACUUGUCGAAGAGACAGAAAACAAUUUACUUAUGCAGCAGAGUCAAGUUAAACCAGCGGAUGACGAGAGACAAAUUGCCGUGAAACUUCCAUUAAAAGACCUUCUUUGUAAUAUACGUAACGGCAAGCUAACACGCUGGGGAGUAAUUGUUGCACAGGAAAGUCAAGCAACAGAUAAACCUUUCUCAGGAAGUACAACAGCUUUCGAUUAUAAAGUUUCAAACACAUAUAAAAGUUGGUUUCAAGUGAAAGACAUGGAUCGUAUACCACCUUACAUAGCUACACCUAGGGAUUGGAAAGUGCAGUGUCUAACUUUUUAUGGUGGUAACCGAAGAAAGCGUGAAGCUACAACCACUGAGCACAAUUAUACAGAUUUCGUGGUAGGUGAGGACGGCAAGUGUUCUGGCGUACAAAGUAACCAGUACUGCAAUGGUGAUUUACAGCCGGGACGAAGUUACAGGGUGAAGUCAUUUGUAUGUACAGAAGGCGGUUGUACGGAGACGGAGUAUUCGAAGGCUAUAUCAACAGUUCAUUUGGAGAUAAAAGCUCCAGACCUUACAGUACCGAUUGCGGCUGGUAUAUCAUCAGCAUUAGUAGUCAUAGCCGUUGUUGGUGUCGUUGUUUUCGUCCUGAGAAGGAAACAGCUUGUAUGUUUUGCCAAAGAUGACGAAAGUCUGCGUACGCAUACACCUGGCGAAGGUAUUCAUAUGGACAAAAUUGAACCCACACGAAAGAAUGCUUUUAGACAAGGUCCGAUUAAGCUGAGUGAUUUUCCUGAUGCUGUCGAAAAAAUGCAUAAAGACUCGGAUCUGCUUUUCGCAGACGCAUAUAAGAUGCUGAAAGAAAAAAGUCCUAAUCACCCGAUGACGGCAGCUGAGCAGCAGUGUUGCAGACCGAAAAACAGAUACACAAAUAUUCUUCCUUUUGAUCACUCCAGGGUAAAACUACGACCAUCUGAUGACAUGGAGGGAUCUGACUACAUCAACGCAAACUACAUACCUGGGUAUACUUCUCGAAGAGAAUAUAUUGCGACCCAAGGUGCAAUGCAGGCAACAUUUGAUGAUUUCUGGCGAAUGAUUUGGGAGCAGAAUGUAGAUACCAUUGUUAUGUUGACAAAGCUUAUGGAAAAAGGACGGCAUAAGUGUGACAAGUACUGGCCGGACCUUGGGGAACCUGUGUUCUACGGUGAUUUGGUCGUGUCUCUUCAAUCGGAAUCAAAUCUGUCAGACUAUACAAUCAAGAUAUUUGAAGUAAAAAUGAAAGAGGAACGGAAAAUGGUCAGGCAUUUUAGUUACCUAAAAUGGCCGGAUAUGGGUUGUCCCGAAACCCCAGAAUUAUUGCUUGAAUUUGUAAAAGCUGUGCGACAGUACACAGAUCGAGAAAAGGGAACAACAUCAGGGCCGACAGUAGUGCACUGCAGUGCCGGUGUAGGUCGUACAGGGACAUUUAUAGCUGUUGAUUACUUGUUACAACAUAUCAGAGAUCACGACGAGGUUGACAUAUUCAGUCUUGUCCUAGAAAUGAGGAACCAUAGACUCAAUAUGGUACAGACAGAGGAUCAGUAUGUUUACAUCCACGAGUGCCUGAAAGCGUUCAUUACAACUGAUGAAGAGGAAGAAGACGAAAAUGAAGAUGAACAUUUAUACGUGAAUACAUCAUUCGGAGCGCAAGAAGAAAAUAUCUAUGAAAAUUCAGGAUAUCAGAAGGACUGAGGAACAUAAAAGACACGUUUUUUAGAUACGCUGUAUACAUGUGUGCUACAUUAUUAUAUGUGAAAUAUGUAUUUGACAGACAUCACAUCCUAUAUUGCUUUAUCUGACACUUCAUUUAUUGUGUGCUAGAGAGCUUAUAGGGACCUUGUAGAGUAAGCUAUUCUAAGUUCACAAGUAUUCUUCUAUAGAUCCUUCCUGACCAGUCACAUAAAUAUAUCAUUAUGUGAUGACCAUUUUCUCAUUUAUCAAAGUCGUAUAUAUAUAUCAUCAUUCUAUCUUGACAUGCAUCAAAACUGUUUUACACUGAUAUCUUGUCUUUUACCAUCUAUUCAUAAAUAUAUAUAUAGCUCAUACUGUCAGGAAGUAAAAUUCAUAGAUUGCAUAUUUCACUGAAAAUAAGUCCAUUUUUCUUCAAGUGUUAAAUAUCAAACCAUACAUAUAAUCGGAUAGAACAUAUUACAUUUUCAAUCAAGUUUCCUCCAAUUUGGUUUAAUAAUACUAUUUGUUGCUGUUUUUUUUCCAUUUUCUAACGUAUACAAAAAAAUGUACAUGCAUGCCAUUCCUUUAUUUGCAUUUAUUAUGUGUUCUAUAACCACGAUAGCAUCAUAGAAUGCAUUCUUAUUGCAGUCGCACUAAAGAUUGAACAAUUUUGUCGUCUGCUGUUAAUAGUUGUGUUAAAUGCAAAUUGACAUGGUAAUGUCUUCGGUUACGUAUUUACUUUUUUCUUGCCGCUAUAACUUUUCAGAUUUUUUUAGCUUACCUGAGCAAUGCUCAGGUGAGUUUUUCUGAUCGCUCGAUGUCCGGCGUCCGUCGUCUGUCUGUCGUCUGU